AUGUCCAAUCCAGUGUUAGUCAAAAAGCUCCAGACUCUCAUCCAAUCGUACGAGAAUACACACCCAAAAUCAAAGAAAGCCUUCGAACGAGCCGAAAAGGUCCUACCGGCAGGAAGUACACGAUCUGUCCUUGUCUCCUCCCCAUUCCCCCUGAUAAUCCAGUCCGCGCAAGGCGCCAAAUUCACCACAAUCGACGGCGUAAAAUUCGAUGACUUCGUCUCCGACUAUUCGGCCGGUAUCUAUGGCCACUCGCAUCCGGUAAUCCAGGACGCUGUCCAGCAAGCCCUGGCAACAGGCUUCAGUCUGGGCGGCAUAACCGAGAAAGAAGCCGAACUGGCGGAAAUCCUCACAGCGCGCUUCCCCUCACUGGAAAAAGUACGAUUCUGCAAUUCUGGCACAGAGGCAAAUACCUUUGCCGUGGCUACUGCUCUCGCAAAUGCGACUGCGCCUCGACGCAAAGUCCUCGUCUUCGAUAAUGGCUAUCACGGCGGAACAAUGUCCUUCUCAACCCGGGAAAAUCCAAUAAAUUUACCCCAUCAAUUCGUCUUCGGGAAAUAUAAUGAUACAACCGAGGCAACGCGCGCGCUCGUCACCGACGAAAUUGGCGCUAUCCUGGUCGAACCCAUGCAAGCGGCCGGUGGAAUGAUCCCAGCAAGACGAGACUUCUUGGUCACGCUCCGCCAAGCUGCGGAUGAAGUCGGCGCGAUUUUGAUCUUUGACGAAGUCGUCACUUCGAGAAUGCAUUAUCAUGGUAUGCAGGGCGCUCUCGAUAUCAUACCCGACAUGACGACCGUGGGAAAGUAUCUCGGCGGCGGAUUUCCCUUCGGUGCAUUUGGGGGAUCGGCGAAACUAAUGAGCAGGUUUGAUUCGGGCGAUAAAUCAAUCGCGCUGACGCAUUCGGGCACAUUUAAUAAUAACAUCUUCACUAUGACUGCUGCCGUUGCGGCGGCGAAGUUGAUUACAGAGGCGCAGUUGAAUAGGCUUAAUGCUAUGGGGGAUCGUCUUCGUGAGGAGGCAAAUGAAAUCUUGAAGAAGGCGGAUUUCAAAAUGAUGUCGUUUACCGGGUAUGGGAGUGCGAUCGGUGUACAUUUUUCGGGGAUGAUGCUGACGCUUUGA